AUGAAUGCCUUCGAAAUGGCUGCCCUUUCUAGCUGGUCCCUCGAGAAUGGACCUCCAACCCGUCACUCCACUGAUGAGCAGAUCCCAGGGUAUGAAGCCCAUCGCCAGCGACAGGAGGCUCGCGCGCUCAUGGGCUCGAUUGCGGAGCGCCGGGGCAAGAACACCCCCGCCCCAGUCUUGAUCCGUGGCGAUGCGCCUCCUCUGUCGCGCCGACGGCGUUGGUAA